AUGCACGUUAACCUAGGAGAUGGUAAAUGGAUGCCAAAUACUUCAUUACUCGAUCCAACUGGAAGUCAGUGCCUUGGAUGUAUGCGCCAUGUACAAUAUGUACCAGACCAGGCGCAAUAUAUACUGUUGGACUGUGGCCAUGGAUGGUAUUGUGCGAGCUGCAUCUCCACACCUCCUGCCAAAUGUGACGUCUAUGGUGAUAUGGUCGAAGGUACCUUAAGGAUAUUUUUAAAUUGA